AUGCUGGGCACGUCCUACCACUCGCCUUUCAAUGCGGCUGACCAGUCUGACUCGCAGCACGACCCAUCAGCGACGAUGAGCAGCAACGGCUUUGCAGACGCGCAAGCACUCCCUCUCGACGACCGAGCACACCCCUCCUCGUUCGGCUUCAACACAAGCACCAGCAAUACAACGCAGCCGCCAGCGCCAGCGCAAGGCUCCUCUACUUUGGCCCGGGCCAAUUCCCGCCUAGAUGCAGUGGCCAAACUUCGAAGGGCUGCCAGUCAGCGUGAAAUGCGACGAACACCGACACCGCGAGCUGUAACUCCAACAGCCUCAGCCGAGAAUGAUGGUGCUCAGCUCCUUGCUACGGAUCCGAACUGUGCGGGAGCUGCUAAAGCCCAGUCUGUCUCCCCCUUCUCCCCCGUCCUCGAGCCUUCCUUGCAUGCGGCCGAUGCCUCCUUUCUUUCCAUGGCCGAGGCUGAUCAGGACACCCCGUCGACAACAGUGGACGAAGCUCAGGCACUGUUUGUUGCCCCCACCGCAGCGUCGCUCCUUCGGCCUCCUUCACCGCAAAGGGGACGUCUGAGCCCGUCCGAGGUGCCGUCUUUGAUGCGCUCCCGAUCCAAUCGCUCGCCCCUGCCAACGCUGGAACAGCUUCGCGCCAGGGUCUUGUUGGAGCGAGAAGCCGCCACUUCCAAGAGGAGCUCUGCUGCAGCCGCUGCUAGUGCUGCAGCUCGAGCGUAUGCUUUGGAAAAGCUUCUGGGUAGCUCUUCGCGCGAAGGAAGGGCUUCACCUGCGAGUGAUGGCGAAGGUGGGCUGGACGAUGGCGCGCCACUGAUAUCUACACCUGGCAGCAUCAGACGAAUCAGCAAGGUGGUCAGCAGAUCCAGCAGAGAAGCGCCCCUUGGUGGCGUACCAUUGACUUUGAGGGACAGCUCUGGUGCAAGCUCUCUCCGACGCAGCAGGACCAUUGGCGGGCUGUCUGCGGUAGCUGAAACCCAACGCAAGGUCGCGUUCUUGCAAGGCACAACUCUCUUGGAGCCUCCGGCAGGAGAGCCUCGCAGAUCGAGUCGAAGGUUCGCACAGAAUCCGCUGUCCCGCGGCUCCACCUCGCCCCCAACCUCACCACCUCGCGGCGGCCUCAGGCCUACUACCACAACCAUCGCAGAGGUUGUCGAGCCAGCGAAUGAUGAACAUCAGACUGCGCCCAGCACGUCUGGCUUGGAACGCAAAGCCAGUCAGCGACAACUGGCCCGCGCCCAACUCAUGCGCAAAUUGUCGAAUCGAAGUCAAGCGGCUGGACGCGCAGCUGCGGGCAGUGCUCAAUCGACAAGGAGUGCUGCAUCGACGUCUCCGCUACCCCCGCUGCAGCUGCUGCAGGGCAGCAAUCGCGCUGCUGUGGACUCCGAGCCCCCAAGUGCUGGAGGCGGCCAGUGGUUGAAUGCGACGGAACAAACCCUGCAACACAAUUCAGGUCAUCGCGAGGCAUUGCCCGCAGCUUCUCCUACAUCUGCUCUAGGCACUGGGCGUAGCGUGUACAGCGGCUUUGCUCUGUCACCAAACACUUUGGCUGUACCUGGCACGCCAGCAAGGACCUACGAUGCGUCGCUCAUGCCCUCGAAUGGCAGGUUGCCGAUGCUGCACCCUUCACACAGCAAUGUGUCGCUCAUCGCAGACGAGUCCGAACGCAGCUUUGCGCAUUCCGGCGUCUCUACCAGCGCCGCAAGCAUGCUGCGCUUUAGAGCAGAAAGGGACCGUGCGUCAGCCGCGGAUCUGGCAGACAGGCAAGACGCCUUUGAGUUGGAUCAUGAGCUCGGCAACGACUGGGGUCAUCACGCGACGAACAUGCUGAGCAAGCAAGGCAGUCUGCGCGCCGUACGUCGAGGUCGCCGGACUCUGGUCGACAGGGCUUCGGACGGUGACAGCGAAGGCGGCAGCCAGGGAGAGCAGACCAAUGAUGCUGCAUCGAGCGAUGACGCCGCGACGGAUCUGUUGGACGAGUACAGCCGGUUUGACCAAGACUUGAAGGACGAGGAGGAUGACGAGAGCGACUGCAGAUCUGUUGCUGCGACCGCAAUACAGUCUUCGAAAGCGUUGCAGCACGGCGGCGUGUCGACGCCAAUGGUGCCCCAGGACGCCAACAUUGAUUGGGCAACGCCGUCACCGCUGGGUCGUCAUUUGACUCGGGACCUCAGACCCGAGUCCAGCGCAAGCAUUCCCCUCACGUUGAGCGCCUCUCACGAACAGACAGAGUUCCCACCAGACUCUCAGCAGCUUCCUGGCGUCGAGCAGGAGUGGCAGAACACCCACUCGCCGUGGCCUGUCAGCAUCAGCGUGGCGAGUCAGGGUUCAGCCCCGCGAGAGAGUCUUCAAGAUCAACGAGAGGGGAGCGACGCUGAUCUCUUGAGUCAAGCAGUCGAAUCUCUUCAGGCAAAGCGUGAGUGA